AUGGAGGCCCUUACACACCACACGGACCAAGCAGAGACCAAACUCAUCGCUCUAUCAGAAAUAACCUCCUCCCACUCACAAGACAUCACUUACCUGCACAGCAAAAUUGCAGCACUGGAAGAGGGGAUAGAAGACCUAAACAACAGGUCCAGGAGAAAUAAUAUCAGAGUGAGGGGGCUACCGGAAAUAGUAACCAGUUACCAAAUACAGGCCACCCUCACUGACCUGUUCAAAAGAAUACUGCCAGAGGCCUCAGCACAAGACCUCAUGAUGGACAGAGCCCACAGUGCACUCUGUCCUUUGGUGCUGAAUCAGGACACCCCCAGGGAUGUAAUAGUCCAUAUGCAUCGCUUCCCGAUCAAAGAGCAGCCGGUCCAGAGGGUGCGACAAAAUCCUCCAACCUUCGAGCAACGCAAUAUAGCUCUUUUCCAAGACCUAGCACCCACGACCCUUAAGAAAUGA